CCGGCAAAGAGACAUGUCGUCUUCCCGACCUCGAUCAAGGAUUCCUCAAAUUUUGUACGAAGAAUAACAAAAAGCAGCAUGGCAUCUCGUGGAGGGGUACACGUUAGCGGCACCGAUGGCAGCGAUUUCAACCAUCGACAAAAAGUGGCAUCGCACUACCAGAUCAGUGCCAUUUACAAGACACGGCUAAAGACGUCAAUGCUGCUGCACUUCUUCCUCUUUCUGGCCAUGUGUGCAAAGCUAGCCGAGGACGUGCUUGAUCGGCUGGACAUCUUCAUUCUCGAGCUGGAAGAGCUGUACAUCCCGAAGCCGUUGCUCUGGGAGUGGGUCUGGCUCGCCAGCCUGGUAUUCAUGCUGCCGGGCCUGACGGCCGUGCGCCGUAAUCGCGCGAGCAGCAUGAAGGUGUACGUUGGCGGCACGUUCCUCUUCGGCCUGUGCCCCGUGAUUGGCGCCGCGGUCUACUUCUUCCGCGACCUGUACGCCUUUGUGCAGCACGGUCACGCUGUUGAGAAUGUCGAGUUGUGGCAGGGUUACCCCGUGGCAGUCCUCUGGUACGCUUUCCUCACCGUGGCCUUCCAGGCCCACAUGUUCUCACUCUACUUUGGCGUAAGGCUCAUCCUGGCUUGGCAACGUGGAACAGUCGUCAAGAAAGCAAAGUAACCUCGCCGCGUGCCCACGUUGCUCGGCGGAUGCACACCCGUUGCAGCGCCCUGUGUGGUUGACCCUGUGCAGCAGUCUUCCUUCUUCUCUUUCCGUCUGUGUAGGUGUUGUGUGCACUGGACCAGUGUCACAGUUGUCGGUUGCUGACUGUGUGCCAGCCACGGUGAACCAGCUGUCUCAUCAUGCUGUUCAAACCUUUCCAUUCAUCUCAGGAGCCCUUACAGACUGUCAACCACUGCCAUUUCUACCGACCUCUAUUGCGUGUACUUCCAGCACAGCUUCGAUCCUUUAUUAAAUCCAAAUUCACGCUCUUCAAGCAUUGCAUUGUUGUACUUGCUUCAAGCUUCAUACGUCAGUACUCCGUAUGUUUGUGGUUUCUCCGGUAAGACAGUUUAACUUAAACCUGUUGAACUCACCAAGGGCUUGUUGCAGCCAAAGUUGAGUUAUGUUUGCUCAGUAUAGGUCGUUGCUGUAGGUUUCUCUGCCAUAGGUUUUUGACAACCGCAGUUAGCAGCUGGUAUAUGUAUUGUCUCAUCGUCGCUGUCAUGUGCAAGUGCUUCCAACGCAUAGUGAAGCUGUAUGUUACACAACCCUUGAUUCGACCUGGUGGAAAUUAGAUCUAGGGGCAACUUUGGCAACUGGAAACUAUGGCACUGCUACAGUACACCAUAGUUCCUUAUGGAUCCUCUGUGAAGACUCGCUUGCAGCAAGUUUGCUUGAAGAAGCAACCGUUCUCGGAGUGUGGCGUCUCCUGACAAUUCCCAGGGGACCACGGGAAUGUGCGUCUGUGUUUACGUGUCGUGCCUUCCUGGUUUCUGGUCCACAUGUGCGAAGCUUUGUGUUCUGUGGUUUCAGGAACAAUUCUCAAGUUGAAGAACUGUGAUGAUGAUGUUCUUCCUAAGCACUGUGUUUCUAGAUCCACAAGGUAGUGCUGAACCCACAUUGGUAAACUUGCCAAUGAAUCAGUCUCUCAAACAGAGGAAGCUGGUCUGAUGCAAGCGAAAAUUUGCCAUUGUAAUUUGGUCGAGCUCAAGGCUUAGUAAAUCAUUUAGUCCUUUCUUUGAAUUUAUAUGUACAGAUGGAUAGUGUCAGCUUUGUAGUACACAUAACUCCUACAUAUGAUGUACCAUAGAUCUCUCUUUUGUACUCUAAAAAAGCUGCCCUCGUAAUCAGUGUGGAAACAGCUGAGCACAGUUACAAGCCGGAGCUUUAGCAUUAUUGUAAUGUUGCAGCCAUGUCAUGCAGGUUUUUGUUGUGCCUUAUUGGGGGCCUUGUCGUAAGCAGUAAAGCUUUCUAUUUCAAAGUGUGGUUUGCACAUAGACUCAAAUGUUGGGGCUUGAUUGAACAGUCACACAGCUUGCUAUCCUAACACACCUGUGAGUUUGAUUUUUCAGUGCCGUUUGGUUGGGAAAACAAAGCCUUUAAUAGUGACAAGCACACAUUUGACACUCAUUGUGCUCCUGUCUUGACAAUGCCAUGGUUUUAAUCGUAAUAACCCAAAAAUUUAAGUGUUUGCAUGGGUGGUGAAAAGGUAUGCUGUUUGGAAUUCUAAUUGCAAGGAAAGAAAUUUUCAAGUCACUACAACCUAAAAGACGUGAGGUAUUACAGAGGUAUCUUUCUAUUCGCCCAUAUUCUUUCCGUUGGUUUUCUACCUUUUUUUUAAUGAUGAGCUGUGUCGUGCACCAUUAGCACUGUUACAACUGCAUGUAGAUACAGAUGUUGAGUAUAAGAAACAAUAUGGUAACACCUUUAUAUGUAUUAACAAUCUUCAAACUCUUAUGUUUGAAAGGAAUCUUAUGUAUCAAAAGAAUCUUUAUCUACAGGCAGAUAGCUGUGGUUGUAAGAGCUAAUUUUUACUUAGUGAUAUUGCAAACAUUCAUAUUCUUUGGUUAUGCAACUCGCACAGUGAAAUCUACAGGAAGGCUGAUUGACUACCUGUUGACUGGUAACAUUUUACACCUUUGCAAUUAUUCAAACUUUUUGUGCUUAAUGUGUUUAAAGUUAAUAGAUAAUGCAGUGACAGUGUUCAGGUGAUUGCAUGAAGAAAUUGAAAACAUGAAUUUGGGGGAGGGGGGGGGGGGGGGGCUCAUCAUUCGUGCAAUGUUUCAACGUGGUGCAAUGUGGUGUUGUGUGUGCACAUUCAUGUGCAGGAUCCCUUGUAGUUUCACAUAUGUGGGCAUUACUGUGGAGUGAUUUCCUGCAUGUGCCAAUGUUACACUGUCUUUUUUGUUUUUUUGUGGAAAGGCAAUUUCAGAUACUCUGGCUUGCUUUGGGGUUUGUGCAGGUGUGCGGACUGUAAAUGCUACGUGGUGUGUUUCAUUACUAAAAAGAGAAUAUGAAAUGUAACAUUGUCCAACUUACUUACUGCCAGCUGCUGGGACAACAUGAAUGUGUGAAACUAUGGCGCAAUAAAUUAUUCCAGUUGUUUGUUGGUA